AUGGAUAGAAGGUUAGCUUGGGUCACACAAUCCAUUGAUGCCUUGUAUUCUUUAGUAGAUAAAGAUCCUUUUAUACUACAAAAGAUUGAAGCAUCACCGUAUGUCCAUACGCCGCUUCAUGAAGCAUCAAUGUUUGGGAAAAUAGACAUGGCCAUAGAGUUGAUGGUGUUGAUGCCAUCGUUUACGUAUAAACUAAAUACACGGGGAUAUAGUCCAUUGCACCUUGCCGUGGAGAACAAUCAAGUCGAGAUAGCACUAGAGCUAGUCAAGUUUGAUCCCAAUCUUGUUCGUCUUCGUGGCAGAGGAGGUGUGACACCACUACAUCUUGUAGUGGAGAAAGGUGGUGUCAAUCUCCUCACGGAGUUUAUCAUGGCUUUUCCCAAGAGCAUUUUGGAUGUAAACGUAAGCGGUGAGACGGCUCUACACAUGGCGGUCUUGAACGGCAGAUAUGAAGAGAUCAAAGUGCUUACGGGAUGGAUCGAAAGAAUGCGUCAAAGGGAAGCUGCGUCUAUGGAGAAAGACAUCUUAAACAGAAAAGAUCGUGAGGGCAACACGGCGUUGCACGUCGCGGCAUAUCAGAAUAAACAUCAGGCAGUAAAACCGUUGUUGAAAUGCCUCUCGCUUGACCGGAACAUCCAGAACAAAGAUGGUUUAACAUCCCUAGACAUACUUCGGGCCAACGGUCGGUACAUGGACAAAGACACUGAAAAACUGAUAAGAAGUUGGGGUGGAAAGAGCAAAGCUGCUCUACCCAAAGUCAAGACAUCGUCUGAAUAUUUGAGUCGGGUUACGUUCAGGGAAUUUUGCUCCAUCCAAAUGACACGUUACAAGAGCGGCAUAUCAGACGGAACCAGAAACGCGCUUCAGGUGAUAACCAUACUCAUCACCACGGCUACGUAUACAACAGCACUACAGCCACCAAGAUGCCAAAAAGGCGACUAUUUAAUGGAAAUUAGCUCUCCAGCUGAGGACAGUAAAGCCCAAAAGUCAGAUGGUUUUGGAAGAGAUUUGGUACAUGUGAGGUCAAGAUUGUCGACAAGCUCUUCCAUGAACAAAUCAAUGGAUGAGGAACUAGCCACUAUCAUGAGACUCGUUGGCGUUAGAAAAGGGGUCAAAGCUGCACUUCUCAUCGGUUUGAGAAGGUCUACAAAGGGUAGUAGCUUGACAAUAUUUCGAGCAAGAUUAAUAUGUCUACUACUUUGGGGAUUCAUUACGAUAUCUUUUUAUUUCUCUAUGUUUUUGAACUUCAUUCUCUUACCACCUGGUAGAGGGUACACUUGGUUCUAUAUCUUGAUCGCAACUCCUCUCUGCUGCUCUUACGGGAUUGCAAUGUUGUUGAACGGCCAGACACCAGAGUCCAUUCCAAUAUUCCUUGUGAUUGUGACUCUAAUUGGCUUUCUUUGUUAUCUGAUUUUCGUAUUCUUGAAGUGGAAAUUAGCUCUCCAGCUGAGGACAGUAAAGCCCAAAAGUCAGAUGGUUUUGGAAGGUUUAUCGACAAUAUAA